AGGGAGAUGGUGCUAGCAUGACUUCAGAUAUUUACCUUGAGCCCAUAGACUACCUUCAGAGUCAUUUACAGAAUAAAAACCCAACAGUUUCAUUUAACAGUGUAAUGAAUAAUAUUUUUAUCAUAUCAACUUUGAUAUACUUUCUGUAACAGCUUUCUGGUAUUCUUAUAAUACAUGCAUGAUACAUGUCGGUGUGAAAAAGCUGUGUAUGUCAGCAGCUGUGAUCCCUUCACUCUUCCACAGUUACCCUGCUGAGGUGAAAUGAUUCUGUGUUUACACGCCACAGGACAACAAAACAUUCCGUAGGUCCAGUCGUUUGCUUGGGCUUAUUGUCCCUCCCGGCCACCCUAUCCUGAGCUGUCCCGUGACCGAUGCUGGCCAAUCACAGCUGAGACUGAAAAGGUACAACAGCAAAACAAAUGCAUUAAAAACGAAACGGGCUGCUUGUAUUCAAUUUGACUGUCCUGUCAGUCUGAACUGCCUGGUCCAUCUGAAGAUUGCGAUGGAUGCUGUACCAUGCUAGGACCAUGUUCAAAAAUGUUUUUGGCUCAGGGUUUCUGGUAAGAACAGCUCAUGUGAUUCUGACAUGGGUCAUAACGUUGAUACUCUUCCUGCAUGACACAGAGCUGAGGAAGCAGGAGGAGACGGGCCAGCUCGUCCAGCCUGUGCUCUUCGUCUUGCUGGUGCUGGUGUCGGUUUUGCUCUACUUCGCGGUUUCGCUGAUGGACCCAGGCUUCAUCUUGUCUGAUGACAGCGAUUUGCAGUUCACGCUGGGAGUGACUGAGGAGCAGCAGGACAUGAUCCCACCCACCACCAAGUCCCUGCGACAGCGUCGCUGUGGCCACUGUCUGCUGCAGCAGCCAAUGAGAUCAAAGCACUGCCUGACGUGUCAGCACUGUGUCAGGCGUUACGACCAUCACUGCCCCUGGAUUGAGAACUGUGUAGGUGAGAGGAACCACCGCUGGUUUGUGCUUUACCUGGCCGUCCAGCUGCUGGUGCUGCUGUGGGGGCUGCACAUUGCCUGGACGGGUUUCAGUUACGCGCCCACCUGGCAGCUGUGGCUGCGUACCAACGGCAUGCUGCUGGCCGUGGCUGUGCUGGUGGCCCUGCUCCUGCUGAUUGUGCUGCUCCUGCUCGGCUCCCACCUGUACCUGGUCUCCCUCAACACCACCACUUGGGAGUUCAUGUCGCGCCACCGCAUCUCCUACCUCAAACACUGCGGCGCUGAUGAAAACCCCUUCGACCGCGGCACCUUCCACAACCUUUGGGGUUUCUUCUGCGUGUGGGGCACAGUCGUGUGGGAGCAGGUAUACUUCAGGGAAGGCAGCGACCAAGUCUAGGAACACAUGACAAGCAUUAACAGGCUGGAUUGCUCUCAUGAACGACUUCUCGGGAUUUGACCACAAAGUUGGAGAUAAACUAUCCUUGUGUGCAGUUUACCUUUUAUAGAGGCACCUGUGUUGCGCCAUAGCUCUGCUACACUUCCAUUCUUGAACAUCUGUUCUGAAGUCUGUUCCUUACUCGUGUUAUCUUAUGUUGUUGCAGUCCACAUUUCCUGUUUUUUUCCUCCUCUCCACAAGUCGCUGUCAAGACUAAAACUGUGUUGUGUGCCGCCAAAUAAGGUACCUACUAGUUACUAUCUCUAUGCGGUCAACAGGUUACCAGCACUACAGCCCUUGUUCUAACAGUUGUUUACAAGUGUACAUUUCCCUAAGACAGGCAGUUAUCCACAUUGUCUGCAGGCACUUUACCAUCUGAUGUUGAGGUUCUGAGUGAAGCUAGUUAUAAAGCCCUGCUGACUCAAGCUGAGUCUUUGUUUCUACACCCACAUCACACUUGACCCCCACUGAAUCAUUUAUGUGGGUAGUAAUUCCAGAGUUGUUCUGGUCUCAACAUGACCUGUGGUAAACCUGACUGAUGGACUGUUAAUUAACUCUGGAGAUUACUGUUAUUAAUGUCAACUAUUGCAUAAACAUUUAUUUAACUAUGUACUUGUUUUAGAUGCAUGUGUAGACAGUCCAGAUCUGUGGUUGCUCUGGUUUCUCUGUUCACUCACUGGAGUCAGAUCCUGAAGUUGGAGAAUUUAAAAAAGAAAUGGUACACUAGUUUUUAGUGUAGAAACUUUCAUUCUAUUCUUGUUCUGUAUGAUAAAUUGCUGUAAUUGCGUCCUAUUUCUUCUGCACAGAGGUUUCACAGGGUCCACUUGCUUCAGCAGCUUUUGUUUGUUAGUUGAAGUGAGAUAAUGAUGAAUUACAAUCAAUUUUCAUUGCAAAUAUUGAACUAUGAAUAUUUUGAAUUAUGAUGGUCUGAAAAACUGUACUGUAUUGUUCCUAGUAUUUAAUCCAAUCCAAUCAUGAUGUACAGGAUGCUUUGACUUUCAAUGGACAGCGUUUCAAGCCAUUUUAUAUUGUAUAUCAUUUUUAAACUAUUUUGAACCUGAAAAUGUCUUUAGAUUUUUGUACGACUGUUUGAUUCGAGUAACUGAAGAAUACUGUGGAACAAUAGCUAAGAGAGCUCUGAGUGCAAUACGCUGUUUGGUUUUUCCUUUUGAGCUUUUCCUCGUGCAAUAGCAACCUUGUAAGACAGCAAUAAAUGUGGUGAUGAAUUAAACGUACAGCAGUGGUGUUGCAGAUUGCCUCCAGUCGGACGGAGUCAGUGAAAGCUCUGGUUUAUAUGAAUUAACAUUUAAUUCAUGUUGUGUACUUCUGAAUUAUAUGCAAUAUUGUCAUGCAAUGUUUUUUACUACUUUGAAAUGACUGUAUACGUCAAUAAAUUAGUAAUAAGUU